AAACAUGUAUAUUUUUAUGGUUUGCUUGACAUCAAACAGACAGCUUCAGGGAUGUGGCUUAUAGGUUCAAUGUUCCUGUGAGUUCCCUGCAUGCUGUCAUAGCUAUAAUGACCAACUUUCUGAGUAGUCUGGCACCAGGAAUUAUAAAGUGGCCUACACAAUACGAAAUAAAUAGGGCAAAGCAAUAUUUCUUGAAUAAAAAUGGAUUUCCAGAAAUCGUUGGUAUUAUUGAUGGAACCCAUAUAAAGAUUGACAAACCAGAGGAUGAUCCUUUAUCAUAUACCAAUAGAAAAGGAUACUACUCUAUACAGACACAACUUAUAUGCGACCAAGAUUUGAAAAUUAUCAGUAUGUUUACCGGCUAUGAUGCUAAGGUUUUUAGAACGUUACCAAUUUUUCAGACACUGGAGCAGAGGUGUGGUGCCGAUCACAUUCUUGGAUAG